CAGCUGUCCCUGUCCUCAGAUCAGUGCACCGGCUCAGUGUUUUUGGGCAUCCUGAAUGACCCAGUCAGUAUCCCAUGUGGACACAACUGCUGGGAUCAGUCAGUUAUAAAUGGAGCCUACAGCUGUCAUCCAUCCAGAAGAACAUUUACUGGGAUGCCAGAACUUAAUGGAAACACCACAGCCUCAAAACCCAUAGCCGUGGUUGCUCCAUUUCAGCUAUACGCUGGACCUGACGAUGUGCCCUGUGAUGUUUGUACCGAGAGAAAACUGAGAGCUGCGAAGACCUGCCUGACCUGCCUGGCCUCCUACUGUGAGACUCACCUGCAGCCCCACAGACAAUCGGAAGCUCUGAAGAGACACAAACUGGAAGAGCCAACUGGAAAGCUUGAAGAGAAACUCUGCAAGAAACACCAGGAAGUUCUGAAAUUGUUCUGCAGGACUGAAGAGACUCUCAUCUGUUCAAUGUGCGUGGUGGCUGAACACAAGGGGCAUGACAUAGUGACACCUGAGGAGGGGACAGCAAGCAGACAGAGUGAGUUGGAAAAGAGAAACAAAGAAAUGAAAAAAUUGGAGGAUAAAGAGAAAAAACCGAAUGAUUUGGAGACCGUAACGAGAACUGAGAGUUCCGCAGAGAGGAAACUGCAGGAAUUCAAGGAGACCCUCAAGUUUUUGCCCCAGUCCAUUGAGAGGCUGUGGUCGCAUUUCACCGAGGUGAUUGAAGCUACCAAAAAGAGGGAAGUGAGAAAGGAUGAUGAGCUGACUGAGAGAAUAAAGGAGAAGAUCAAGGUACUGAAGAGCAGAGACAUUGAGCUGGGCUCUGACAGUCUGCAGAACCUACAAAGCAGAGAUGACCUUUUAAAAUACUUCUGUCCGCUGACUCUGCACUUUAGCACGGCACAGAGAAGACUUCACCCGUCCGAAGGGAACAAGAAGGUCACAAACAUGAGGAAAGAGUUCCCGUAUCCUGAUCAUCCUGACCGAUUUGAAAAUUGGCCCCAAGUUCUGUGCACGGAGGCUCUGAGCGGGGCUCGCUACUACUGGGAGGUGGAGUGGAAUGGAGAAGGGGUUGACAUUGGAGUCACAUAUAAAGGGAUACAAUGCAAAGGAUGGGGCAUGGACUGUCUCCUUGGACACAAUGACAGGUCCUGGUGCCUGUACUGCUCUGAUUCCAGUCACUGUGUGUGGCAUAAUAAUACGAAGAUCGACAUCAGCUCCCCCCCGGGUCACAGAAUAGGCGUCUAUCUGGACUGUCCUGAGGGCUCCCUGUCCUUUUAUAGCAUCUCAGACAGCACGACCCUCCUGCACAGAUUCAACGCCACCUUCGCUGAGCCGCUCUAUCCAGCCUUUAAGGUUGGAGCAAACUGCAGCGUAACAAUCUGCCCACCGGACCAGUGUGUCCAGAGUCCCCUGUAGGUCACUUUAUGUCUUCUGUCACAGAGGCCAUCUUGUUGACUUGGAGUCUCAUGCUUGCUGCCCUGCUUUCCCUAGUUCAAGAGUGAGCCUGGAGGGCCGUCAUCAGAGGAACUUCUACUUUAGGUGCCAUUCCGGCUUUACCCCCAGUUUCUGUUUGGUAUUCCCAAUGGCAGUCCAGUCCUGUUUAUUUCAUUUAAUCCAGUCUAGCUGCACAGAGGUUAGCACUGUCACCGAGUUCAGAUGCCAUCUCUGUGCGAUUUUCUUGCUCUCUCAGGUGUCUAUAUGGGUUUUUCUUUUACUCCACCACAUUUCUUUUCCAGUUCUUGAAGUCCACUGUAUUUAGUAAGAUGUCAGAUCCAAACCUAUAAUUUCUAAGUGUGUGCGCAGACUAACAUCCCAUUUAGAGUUGUGACAACUCCCAGUUAGUUUUUGGGACAGUUUAGCUUUUAGCUAAACAAACGGGCUUGAUGGACUGAAUGGCCUCCUCUCGUUUGUCAGAUUUCUUUUGUUCUUACAUGCCCUACAAUUGAUUUAAGUGGAUUCCUACAGCGGAAAGUUGAAUCUAGAGUUGGAUGACUCCUCCAGUCAUUUCCAUUUAUCACCUUGUUGACUCUUUUUCAGUUUUGUUCACCGAAUCCCUUUGAGCUCCUUUUGACACCAUCUGUCAUACAGGCCUGCUUCUGUGUAUCGUGGUUUAGGUCUUUUUGGUUGGACAGGCAGCUGUGAGUUGUGAUGGGAUCUCACCGAUGGCACCUGUCACUCAGGGUGUCCCAUAAGCUCAGUUUUAGGGUCUCUGUUAUUUCAUAUUUAACUAUAUCCUUCCUUUCAAAUCAGCUGUGCACAUCACCUGGGCUAUCACUGCUAUGCUGAUGAAACCCAAACAUACAGAAAAACCUCCACAUGUCUUCCACCUUCUGCUCUUAUUGCUACGUACGUCAUGGCUGACAUCUACUUUUUUUAUAAUAGUGAAAAGACAAAAAAAAACUGGAAUAUUUUUGAUUGUGAAUUAGACUCAGUUUGCUGAAAUGGCCCAAUUUGCCUCAUUAGGUGAUGACAUCCCUGUACAGACUUCUCAAUUCUUCUCUGCCAUUUGUUCCACACACUAAUAACUUAGUAAAAACUCAGUUUUAUCAUUUAAGGAAUGUUGUCCAACUUUGACCAUCUUGCCAGAUGCUGAAUGUUCAGCCAUUACUUUGGUUACAUCCAUGCUGGACUGCUGUGAUAUCUCAUUGGUUGGUCUUUCAAAGUCUGCUUUAAGUAAACGACAGAACGUUCCAAGCCCUGGGGACACAUCUUUGGGGGCAUCACAUCGAUUCCCGCUUGAAUCUGGCACUCAUCACAAUGUACUUCCAUUUCCUUACAAAGCCUUAAACAAUCAGCACCAUCUUAUCUCUCUGACAUCCUAAACCUGCCCGCCAGCUCCGAUCAUCUCCAGUCGAUCCUCUGCCUGCCAUUCCCAGGACUAGGAAGAGGACAACAAGUGAUGGAGCCUUCAGUGCCGAAGCUCCAACCUUCUGGAAUGCUAACCACCAGGGUUUGAAAGUAGACCUCAAACGUCUCCCUUCGUGUUCCUCCUUUUUAUGAUUCUGUUUUGUUAUCCUUUACUGGUACCUUUUGAUGUAUUUUUAACUAUUUUUGUUAUGUUUUAUACCUCGUCCUUGGGCUCUGUACGGCGCAUUAUAAACAAAAUGUAUUAUCUGUAUUAAUAUUAUUAAUGAAAAAUGAUGCAAAAUAAAUAACUUUGAUAUUUACAAAAUGAUUGAAGAAAGAUGGCGCAAGGUUAUUGAUAGGCAAUUAUUAAUGGAUAUGAUUAAUGGUUUUGUGAAGGACAGAUAUUAUAAUAUUCAUUUAAUGUAGUUAUCUUAUAAAAGGUGAUAGUUAUAGAUUUGUAGAUUUUUAUUAAACCUUCAAAAUAGUUGAACAUACAUAAUUGUUUAGGAUUCUUUAUAACAAGCGUAAAGAGUUCAGUGUACCCUCUGUGGAAAGGGAGAACCAAAUUGGACCCUUAAUCUUUAUUUUCUGGGACCUUAAUUUUGUUUUUUUUUUAUGUAUAUAUAUUUCAAAGCACUGAAACCCUCAUUUUUGUAAAUAUGUUAAUGUUUAAAAAGAAACUUGGAAAAAAUGAAAUGUUGUGUUCACAGGAGCUUAGAGCUAGAGAUGUAUGAGAGAUUUCAGUGUUUGAUUUUCAAUAAAUCUGCAAACCUUCCUGCAAAAGUGUCUUCACUUUGUCAUUCUGGGUUACUCAGUGAUGGGCAAAAAUGUCACAUUUAUGAAUCGUAAGAGAAAAUACUGCCAGCUGUGAAGUGUUGGAACACCAGUAUGCAAAUCCUGUAGAAAUGGAAGAAAACGUGUGUUAUAAACGUGUUGAACUUGAAAAGAAAAUGCGAGUCUCAAAAACUGAUACUUCCAGGGAGAAGGACUUCUGGCAGGACGAGGCGGACACAGGAAGUGACAUCAAGGGCAUUAAAGCUGUCAAUCUUCUGGUCUGCAGGAGGGAGGAGGAGAUGAGGUGCUAGU